AUGGUAUGUUCAGCAGGCAAACAUCCAAGGGUUAUCAAUUUAUGUUUCAGUCACUAAUAUAGUAAAACGUCAUGUAAUAUAAAUAUAGUAUAAUAUACUAUAAUACACUAUACACGUCAUACACAUUAUACACACUAUACAGGCUAUAUACACUAUACACACUAUAUACUCAAUACACGCUAUACACACUAUACAAGCUAUAUACACAAUACAUGCUAUACACACUAUACACCAUAUCAAAGUCUUGGCUUAUUGCCAGGGACAUUUGUUUUACUAGUUCCAGGGCCUCGCUAUUGUUGAUUUGCGAGGUGAUAUUAAAGAUGGCCAACCGUCCGAGGAGGCAAGUGAAGGCACCAGAGCGAUUUUCUUGUCAUUUUUCAACAGUAUCCAAGAUCAGAGAUACCACAAACACAACAGGGACAGAAAGCUAUAUGAUAUUGAGGUCGUAGAGGUGGACCGCAAAGUGAAGCAAGUGAAAAUUCACUAUGUCGGGUACAGUAAACAAUAUGGCGAAUGGUGGCCAUAUGGCAAUGAAGAGAAGUAUUGCCCUUUCAUUCAAAGCGAAAAGUUGGUUAUUGCUACUCCCGAAUCAUUGGAAGAUCGAAAACAAGCUUUCCAUGGCCAUUUAUUCCGGGAAAUAAAGAAAAAACUGAGGUCAAUGCGUCGUCAAGACCCUGAUAUUUGUAUUGAUCUGAACACAGAUCAAGAUGUGUUUGAGGCUGGCUUAGGAAAUAUGGUCCCUGGUCGUUUUUACCGGGGGGAAAUGGUAUACACUCCGAGAAGUAAUAGACUGCUAGACUCUAGUCUUGGCCAGAAAUGGGAUGAGAGGAUUUUAAAUCAAAACAGUGAUUUUGCUUAUGUCAUUGUGGGCACUAUUAGGUAUUGGCUAGGACAGAGGAGCUCAAUUGUUGAAUUCAAAUAUGUUGGAGGCCAACUUAUCAAAUCUGAAAUCGAAAACAAUUAUUUUGUGAAUUUUCAAUUUGUUUGGGGGUGA